AUGAGCGGGCUCUUCUCUCGAGAAAACAUCAACGGGAUCAUUAUUCCUUCGGUCCUGCUCAUCGCAGGCACCUCCAUUGUCAAGCUGGAAUGGGUUCCCUAUGCUGUCGCAGUGGCAGCGGUCCUUUCUGCCUGGAAGGUCUUCAGCAAUCGUCCGCGCAAGGUGUUGAAUCCCAAUGAGUUCCAGGAGUUUGUCCUCAAGGAAAAGACUAUGGUGUCCCACAAUGUCGCCAUCUACCGCUUCGCCCUGCCUCGUCCCACCGACAUCCUUGGCCUGCCCGUUGGGCAACACAUCUCUCUUGCUGCUACGAUCCCUGGUCAGCCGAAGGAGGUGGUUCGGUCCUACACUCCGAUCACGUCUGACAACGAGAAAGGCUACUUCGAUCUGCUCGUCAAGACGUAUCCGCAGGGCAACAUCUCCAAGUACCUUGACAACCUGAAGAUCGGGCAGACAAUGAAGGUGAAGGGCCCCAAGGGAGCAAUGGUCUACACACCCAACAUGGCCCGCCACAUUGGUAUGAUCGCGGGUGGAACCGGUAUUACGCCCAUGUUGCAGAUUAUCAAGGCCAUUAUUCGCGGCAGACCGAGGAACGGCGGCAACGACACCACCAAGGUGGAUCUGAUCUUUGCCAACGUCAACCCGGAAGAUAUCCUGCUCAAGGACGAGCUGGACCAGCUUGCGAAGGAAGACGACGGCUUCAAUGUCUACUACGUGCUGAACAACCCGCCCGAGGGCUGGCAGGGCGGUGUGGGUUUCGUGACUGCGGACAUGAUCAAGGAACAUCUCCCUGCGCCCGCCCCCGAUGUCAAGAUUCUGCUCUGUGGUCCGCCUCCGAUGGUGAGCGCUAUGAAGAAGGCUACCGAAUCGUUGGGAUACGCCAAGGCAAGGCCAGUCAGCAAACUCGAAGAUCAGGUCUUCGCCUUCUAA